AUGCAAACAGACCACGUUAAUACUGUUAUUAUUUCAUGUGAUAAUAAUGAAGAUAAAACGAUUUAUAAUGAUAUAAUCAAAUUACCUAAAACUCUUUAUCAAGAAUAUGAAAAUCUUUGUAAGGAAAGAAAGAAACAAUAUUACUGUUUAUUAAAAACAAUUUCACAGAAACAUUUCAUUGGAGUUGUAGGAGGAGUGUCUACAGAUGAUACGGUUCAGAUAGAAUGUGAAGGAUUUGAUGCAAUAGAAGGAGGGUCUCUUGUCUUUUCAGAAUUAAAAGAAGUUAAAGAAAUUAAGAUUAAACCAUUAGACCCAUACUUUUAUUGUUCAAAGAACUACAAAACAGUUAUGAAAGGGAUUUUACAAGGAUUUCAUUGUGUUUAUAGUGGAAUGGUUUUGUCAUAUUAUCUUCCAAUACACUGUGGAAUUAAAAAGAUUUAUAUUGAGGUAGAGAGUGUUAAUGGAAGUGAAGGAUAUGGAUAUUUAGAGGGGGAAGACUUUAAAUUGAGUAUUCAACAUCCAUUUGAAGCAGAACAGAUAGUUCAAGCUAUGAAAAAAGACCAAAUAAAGAGUGAAGAAUGGAAAGUAUCAACUAAGACAAGUCAGUGUGAAUAUUGUAAAAAUGAUAUUCCAGAAGACAAGAUGGAAGAUCAUUUGUUUGAAGAGUGUAAAUACCGAGCAGUAGAAUGUGAAGGGUGUCGAUUAUAUUAUCCUAAGUGUUAUCAAGAAGAACACGAAAAGGAGUGUCGGAAAUAUCAAGAAAUAAGUGGGGAAAGAGAGAAAGAACAGAAAGAAGAAAAGAAAAAAGAAGAUAAAAAAGAAAAAGACAAAACAAUUGAGUCACUAAGAAAGGAAAUGGAAGAACUAAAGAAAAUAAGAAAUGGAGAAAUACAAGUAAAAGAAAAAAUCAUAAUAAGUGAAGAAGUUCAAAAAACAUUAGAAGGACUCCAAGAAAAGAGUUUGACAAUGCAAGAAAGGGAAUUUUCAGAAAAUGAAUAUGAAGAAUUAGUUAAAGAAUUAGAGAAGUAUUAA